AUGGAUUAUAGAAUUAAAUUGAUGGAGACUAUUGAUGAUUCAUCAACAGAGGCAAUAUGGAAAAUGUAUUCUGUAGCGAAGGCUUCUUUGCCCUAUAAGGAUAGAAUGAGUAAUUUGACCUGGAGAAUGCUUGGUAUGCGAAUGGCUAAAGAAAGAAAUAAAGUAGAAAGUACAAGUUCAAUAUCAGUACCAAAUUCUUAUUCUAAUUCGAACGACGAUGAAUCGUUCUCUUUAGUAAAUGUACUUGAGCAAGAUCGUGAACUAGAUCACGAACAAGAACAUGAACAAGAACAUGGACAAGAACAAGAACAAUUGCAUCCACAGAAGCAGGUUGAUUUUGACGGAGAUGUUGAUAUUUGGGACCCUGAAAUCUUGUUUAAAGAUAUGGAUAUAGAGGGAACGUCACCGACGAUUCAGUCUGAGACCAGCGAUCUUCUAGUUAAUCCGUUAUUUGACGUGACCAUGCUGCCACAGGAACCUCCCUUGACAGGAGGUGAUUCACAGACGUUUUUAGGACAAUUUCUACCCCCGCCGACGCCGUCACAAGAUCUUCUAAUAUCGAAUGUUGAUAAUGAUAGUAGUCGGCGGAGAAAAGCACCUCCAGCUCCAGCAGCGGUUCGACAGAGAAGAUCCUCGGGUGUGCAGAAGAAGAAACCUGUGCCGGUGCGUAAUAAUUCUACUACUUCACUUAUGUCGAUGGAUGAAAAAAUGGAUUCACCGCCGAAGGAUACAAAAUGUACACAUUGCCAUACGAGGACAACACCGUUGUGGAGAAGAGAUCCGAUGGGGAAUCCUCUGUGUAACGCGUGUGGGUUGUUUUUGAAAUUGCAUGGUGUGGUGAGGCCGUUGAGUUUGAAGACCGAUGUAAUAAAGAAAAGGCAGAGAAAUACAAAUGGCAAUAAAGUUAAAGGUGUUAAUCGAGUAAGAAGGCAAGAGAAAGAAGGUGAAGAGGCAAAUUGGGAAUGGUUGAGUUUAAGUCUGUGA